GCUUCUCUCGAUGACAACAAUUUUGAUCCAGCUAAUCUGAAGUGUCUGCAUCCUCCUCCUCAGGAGCCUUUGAAUAUCAUGGAACCUGAUCUCCACCUUUCACUAGACAUCUUCUUGGCUAUCAGCAAUGCUUCAGAACAAACCUACCAUGCAGUCCAUGCCACACUUCCACGAUAUGACCCAGAAUAUGGUAUUCUCUCAUACUAUGACAUCAAAUGGCAAGUUGCAGAGCUUAGUGGUAUUGUCCUAUUGCUACAUCACAUAUGUAUCAAUACCUGCAUCAUGUACACUAGCCUAUUUAGAGACCUCGAGACCUGCUCCAUCUGCCAUGAGCCUCAGUAUGAACAGCUGAAGCCUUACUUGAAGAUCCCACAUCAAGAAUUCUAUACUGUUAGGACCACAUUCUAA